ACAAGUAUAGCUUAAGCAGAGUUUAAGAAUUAAGCUGAGUUUAAACACAGUUCAAUUUUUUAGAGUGUUGUACAUACUUCACUCAACAACUAAACGCAACUUAAGUUUUGUUUUAUUUAAGCAGCCGAUUUUGUUGGUUUAAGCUUAGUUUUGGUUCUUUGCGCAUAGUCACCGAUUUGUUAGUUUUGUUAGGUUAUAAUUUUAUGUAAUACCUGUUACCAUUGAUUAACAUAAUCAAUGCUGUUACCCUCCAAAUUGUAAUGGAGUUGCAUGCACUAACAGAUGAUGAAGAUUUCCUAGAAGUAAUUAAUAUAAUUGGACGCAGAAGAGCAGCAAAGAUAUAUAGGCACCGAGAUAACCACUUUACAAAGUGGAAUGAUAAGGAAUUUUUAAAUAGAUUUAGGUUAUCCAAAGAUUCAGUUCGUUUUGUAAUUGAUUUAAUACAAGAAGAAAUAUCACAUCCCACAAACAGAAACUUUGCAGUAAGUGCCGAGUGUAUGGUAUUAUUGGCACUAAGGUAUUUAGCAACUGGCUGCUUUUUGUCAGUUGCAGGCGACUUUAUUGGCAUCGAUAAAUCUACUGCAAGCAGACUUACUACAAAAGUCUGUCGAGCCAUUGCCAGUCAACACCGCAUUUUUAUCAAAAUGCCUACCACAGAGGAAGAAAUGAGAGAAAGAAGUAGAGGCUUUUACAUGAUUAGUCGUUUCCCCAAAUGCAUUGGUGCUAUUGACUGUACCCAUGUGAAGAUUAUAUCCCCCGGUAACAAUGCUGAGAUUUUUCGAAAUCGGAAAAAUUUUUUUUCUUAUAAUGUGCAAGCUGUUUGUGAUGCAAGCCUGAGGAUUCAAAAUAUUGUAUGCAGAUGGCCUGGGUCAUCUCAUGAUAGCACAAUAUUUUUACAUUCUCAAAUAAGAAAUCAAUUUGAGAAUGGAGACUUUAGAGGGUACUUAUUAGUUGGAGAUGCAGGAUAUGCUAUUAAGCCGUAUUUAAUUACUCCUCUAAGAAAUCCGAUCACUCGUACUGAAAAUUUAUUCAAUGAAUCCCAAAUACGCACACGUAACCCAAUAGAACGGUGCUUUGGUGUGAUGAAACGCCGAUUUCCCAUAUUGUCAUUUGGGAUUCGACAACGCGCAGAAAAGGUCGAGGCUAUAGUAAUUGCAACUGCAGUAUUACAUAAUAUAGCUAGGAACUUUAAUGAUGCACUGCCAGACAUAAAUGAGGAAGAACAAGAAGCUAUUGCAGCUGCUGAAAUAAAUUUCGAAGUGGAAAAUGUUCCAUAUUACAACAAUGGACUAAAUAAUGCUGUACGUCAUCACCUUAUUCACGAAUACUUUAAUCGCUUAGCAUAGUGUACAGUGUAUAUUACGAACAAACUUAUUGUUUAACAUUUUUUAAUAACAUAUCUUUUUGUAACUUCAAAAUUUCCAUUUUUAAUUUGUGUUCUUCUUUCAUACAUUCUAGUUCGAACUCAGAUUUUGUCUUUUUUAUUUCUAAAUUUAACUUAUGUUCCUCUUCCGUAUGUUUUAAUUUUACUUUUUGUUCUUCCAAAACACCUUCCAUUCUACUCUCUUCCAGUUUUGUUUUAGCCUCUGCCCACUGCGAAAUCUUCUUGUUAAUAACACCCUGGGAUGUAUCUAAAAUUUUAAAAUAAUUAGUAUUUAUAGUACAUUUCUGAAAGUGAUUUUACCAGUGGUGUUUACACAAAGCGCAGCUGAUUUUUUUCUUUUAAGCAUAUUAGGUGUGUACUUUUUCCAGUUUUUAUCACCUACAAAUUCAGAAGGAACUUAGAUUUAAUACUUUAUGACCAGUACCGUAUACUACCAUUAUUUUCGAUAUCAUCUGUUGCAGAUGGUUUUACGGUCGAACUGUAGUCGUGAUCGUUAGCAAACUCUACUAUCAUCUCUGUAACGAAACAAUAUUGAACCACACACACACUUGGAAGUCCUUAUUUACCAUUACUAACUUGCAGGUCGUCUGUUUCUGGUAUUUCAAUUUCAACUGGAAGUAGUAAAAUGUAUGUAAAUUGUUUAUAAUGUACACAUUUUUUACUUACUAGCAUCCCCAUCAAAUUGUGAUUGAAAUCCCUCUGCUCUUGGGCCAAGUAUAUCUUUAAUGCCCUCUUCGGUGUCAUUUAAUGGGGUGUCUUUGUAAGGACCACCCCCAGUUCCCAUUGAAUACGUUUUAUUUUCAGACAGUUUCUUUUUCACCCUUUUCUUUAGAUUUUCGAACUUCUUUUUUAACACAGCUUCACUACGGUGGCUGUCGUUUACUACAUUGAACUCCCGAGCAACAUUUGACCAGGCUUCGGUCUUUUGUUGGUUCGUAACCGCAUCUGUUUUUUUGCACUCUAAGACAUGUUCAUAUUGUUUUACUAAACUGGUUAAUAUUGCCUCUUCUUUCGCGGUAAAAUUGGCUGCACGCACUUUUUUUUCGUUAGAGCACAUCGUUAUAAAUAAACUAGUAUUGAUUGAAGGUUAAGUUUAUUCACAACAAAUAUCCAAUUAAUUCUUUAUGCGCAUGUUUGCACGUUGCCAACAACAGAAAAUUGUGGUUUUGGUAAACGAAGUUUGAACGCAGUUUGUACAACGAGGUUAAACGAAAACUACGCUCAAAACUUGGGCGUAGUUUAGUUAAACCAUCCCUGAACUUCACACUUGUACAACCGGCCCUAA